GCUUUUAAAACCUAUACGAUGUCACAACAAUUGCCCGACAAACAAAAUAAAUGUGAAUCAGGGGUAGGACAGAAAAAACCGCGAAGAAAACGUAAAAAAAAGACCAGUGGUAAUCAAAAAACGGGCCGAAAAGAUAUAAGGAAAAAGAAUUCAAAGUUAUCCAUAUCGAUGAGUUUAUGGGCGGAAAAUUUUGCUGUGGCCUCAACAUGGCAAUUGAAGCACCAGCUAGCGUAUUGGAAGGCGAAGGCUAUUGGUUUAGAGUACGAAAAUAAAGUUUUGCAUGAUAUCAUUCGGAAGAAUCAUUAUGUUGAUGAUAACUGUGUUAAUUCUGAAAUAGAGACAAACGAGUGUUCAGAAAAUGAAGAGUCGGGUGAAAAUGAGAGAGAGGUAGAAACUUACGAAGAAUGUAAUGAUGAAAUGGAUUUUGAAGUAAGUGAGGAAUUUAUACAGUUUUUGGCGGCUAAUGCGAAGUACAAAGAAGAUGCUAGGAGGGAAAGAGAGCUUUUAAAAGCAAAACAUGAACAAGAAGAAUUAAAUGUAACGCAAGAAAAAUUAGAGACUUCUGAAGAGAAGGAACAAAAAUUAAAAGAGUUGUAUGGUAAUCGCUGGCAAAGAAUAUCGGCUAUAGAAGUUGCAAUGCAAUCACAAUUUAUUAAUGAAAUUGAUAAAGAUCAGCCAAUGUAUUGGCCAAAUAUACCAUUUAAUUUUGAAUUUAAUGUUGUUUGAAUGUGAAUUCACAUAGUUAUGGAUAUGCAGGUUAUUAACUGUAUUGUGCAGUUAUUUUUGAACACAUUCAGUUAAAUUCAUAGAUAUAACCUAUAAAUUGGGUUUUUCAUAAAACUUUGACAUCUAAUCUAGAGUCAAAUGUUGCUUUAUAAUUUUGUAUUCUAAAUAACAUUAAGGCUUCCACAACAGGCCUCCGGAGCACAUUUGUUCUUCGGAAUAGUUAUUCAAAUGAACUUGUAAAGCAAGUUGGUGGCACUGUGUGUGUUAAU